AUGAGAUCCUCCUCCAUCGUCAGCGCUGCUUUGAUCGCCGCCCCAGCUAUGGCCGCCGCCGGCCCCGCUGGUAACAUCACUGAUGCCGAUAUCCUCAACUUUGCGUUGACUCUCGAGCACCUUGAGGCUGCCUUCUACUCGCAAGGUCUUGCCAAAUACGACGCCAAGGCGUUCAGCAACGCCGGUUUCAGUGACGAGAUUCGACACAAGAUCCAAACCAUCUCCGACGAUGAGACUGCCCACGUCAACUUUUUGACUACGGCCUUGACUGCUGCUGGUGCCACUCCCGUCCAAGCUUGUAACUACACCUUUCCUCACGUUGACGCCAAGUCUUUCAUGGCUGUCUCCCAAAUUCUCGAGGGUGUUGGUGUCUCCGCUUACCUCGGAGCCGCUGGCUCGAUCCAAAACCCAGCCUAUUUGACCGCCGCGGCCACUAUCCUGACUGUCGAGGCUCGUCACAACGCCUACGUCAGACUGGCCAACGGAGAGUCCCCCUUCCCCACCGCCUUCGACACCCCAGUUGACCCCCGAGGAAUCGUCACUCUGGCCACCCCGUUCUUCGCCGCCUGCCCCAACGGCUCUGCCCCCUCUUUCCAAGGUUUCCCAGCCUUGAAUGUCACCGGGAAGCUCACCCAAGGAGCCUCGUUGACGGUUGCUUCAACCAACAUGACUGGUGCUACCACCUGUGCUUUCUUGAGCGGCUUGAACACCACGUUCUCUUCGUUCGCCGAUGGCAAAUGUCAAGUGCCCACCGACGGUAAAGUUGGUGGUGGUCAGGUUUACGUUCUGUUGACCAGUGGCCAAAACGUCACCGACUACUCAACUAUCGCUGGCCCGGCCAUUGUCGAGAUGGACACUCCUGGUACCGCCAACGCCACCCACACCCUGGCCACUGGUGCCUCCCAGAACGCUGCUUCCUCCGUCAUGGUCGGUGGUCUGGCCGUCUUCGGCUCAGCUGUCGCCGGUCUCUUUUCCCUUUUGGCUUAA